UAGACGAGCGACCCAGCCUCCCAGGAAUGAGGGUCUAAGAUCUAGGCCUUCAGGUCUAUAUAAACAUCUCUCCUCCGCCCUCCAAUUGAAAGAGGUUCUUGUUGAAAUUUCCAACCCCAAACACCCCAACAACGAAACCACCCUGAUAUUGCAGGCGGCUUCGCGGGUCCGAAGCAGCCGCCGCCAUGAUGUAAGACAUGGGCCGGCUUUCAAUGGCAGAUGAAUUAACAGGGGCCACGCCCGCCGUCAACAAGGCGGGUGGCGGUCUCCUGUUCCUCAUCUUGUUUCUUCACGCCUUUACGUUUGGAUUUGACGAAUGUUACGAAUUGUUUUUGCACCUCCCUAUGGGACAGAUUGUUCGAAAGCCCUUUCUUGCGCCUGCUGCGAGUAUUUGGCAUCGUUCAACCUCUCCAACCCACCACCGAAAUGCAUUUUCCUUGAUGCACGACUCCAUUGAAUCCCCGGUCAUCAACGUUGAACUUGGUUCAGACGACUCGGUUGAACCUGAACGGGUAUACACUGGCGAUAUGGGAUAUUUCCGCGCACUUAAUGUCGACCUGGCAUCCAAGUACCGCGGAGAUCCCGGUUUCCACCAGUCCGCAACAGGAUUGACAAGGUCGACUUCUACGUCAACCGUCGAUGAAGGAAGUGGACGACACGACACCUUGUUCGAGUCGCCCUCUUCAGCCGGGGCAUGUGCGUAUCAGUCAGCACUACCGAGUCACGAUGGGUUUACUAUUCACCUGCCGUGUGGAUUAUAGCCCUUUGUGAGAUCUACAAAGGAUGCUCACCAUAGCAGCAUUCGUAGAUUUGCCCAUUGGCUCACCUUGAAAUCGAGCACCUAGAUGAUGGAAGAGGGGACGAUAUAGAUACCCCCUAGUACGACAGC